AUGAUACUAGUUAAUGUAAAUGACGGGACUGUACACAAAGAAAUAUUCAGGUAUAAAGAACAAACUGGGCGCAAUGGUAAUGAUAAGUCAGCUUGGCAAAGAUCAACUAGCUAUGCGGGAGAAAUUGCUACCUUGAAAGUGUCUUUUGACCCAAAAAAGUUCACUCUGGACAUAUCAUCCCUCGGGGAAGAUGAAAAUUUUACGCUUGUAAAGGAAGAGAAGAAUGGAGUUCUCACUCUCUUAUUUGCCACCAAACAAGGCUAUUCCAUAGAAAAGGUUGUAAAUGGGUCUGAGACAAUAUGCGCAAUAAAUGGUGACUUCAGAUCCUUCCUCUGCGAAUACCAUUCCAAGGGAGACUCCAAACUGCUGAGGGUACACACAGAGAAGGACUUUAAGGUCUCACUCAGCUGGUAUGAAAAGUCUAGUGACAAGUGGAAUCAGAUGAAGCCAGAUGAUUUCUUAAAGAAGCUUAAUGAAAUGAGAGGAGUUCCUAAUCCAACUCCAAAAUCUAAUAUCACUCCUUAA